CGCCAACAGAUGAGAGUUACUCUAGAGAAGAGCUGUGGAGUCAGUGGAGCAAUGUUUCUGCUUUGGGGAAAACAAUUUUUCUGUCUUUUAGGGACCGUGAUUUUAUUAUCGCAGUGGGUGAAUGGCCAGCACUGUAUCUGGUAUGGUGAAUGUAGUAACUCCACUAAAGUCCAAGAGAAGAAGUACAACUGCAACUACACAGGGCCUCCUAAACCAUUACCUGACGAAGGACAGGAACUGCUACUGGAACUUUGUUCAAGUUAUGUGGAUGCGGAAAACAGCUUCUGCUGUGACACCCAGCAGCUCAAGACACUGAAAGGCAACAUCCAGAUCCCCCUUCAGUAUUUGUCCAGGUGUCCUGCAUGUUUCUUCAACUUCAUGACGCUGUUCUGUGAGCUCACCUGCAGUCCAAGACAGAGCCAGUUUCUCAAUGCAACCCAGUUCUCUCCAGACCCUGAACACAACAACACUAAUGUGUUUGAAGUGUCCUAUUACAUCGGCCAAACCUUUGCCAAUGCCAUGUAUAAUGCCUGCAGUGAUGUUCAGGCUCCAUCCAGCAAUGACAAAGCCCUCAAUCUGCUGUGUGGGAAAGACGCCACUGAGUGCACUCCUAACAACUGGAUCAAGUACAUGUUUGAUAUCAACAAUGGCCAGGUUCCUUUUGCCAUUGACCCUGUUUUCUCAGAUGUGCCUGUUGCGGGCAUGACUCCCAUGAACAAGACGACAUUUAGCUGCACAGAGUCUCUGGAUGAUGGCUUGGGGCCCUGCUCCUGUCAGGACUGCAGUCGAGCCUGUGGCCCCACACCCAUCCCACCUUCAAUCCCUCCACCCUGGACCAUCCUUGGCCUGGACGCCAUGACAGUCAUCAUGUGGUGUUCCUAUAUAAUCUUCCUCCUCAUAUUCUUUGGAGUCGUGCUAGGGGCAUGGUGUUACAGGAGGGCUAAAGUGACUUCAGAAUAUGGCCCAAUUCUAGACAGCAAUCAGCCCCUCUCCUUGAAUGGUGAUGGCACAGAGUUUUUAGAUGAAGCUACAUGCAGCGAGACGUUGGGUGAGCGUUUCGAGAAUGCUCUUCGCGUACUCUUCAGCAACUGGGGCUCGCUGUGUGUGCGUCAUCCCCUAACCGUGAUCCUGGCUAGCAUGGUGCUGGUGUUGGCCUGCUCUGCUGGACUGGCCUACAUGCGCAUCACCACCAACCCGGUGGAGCUGUGGUCGUCACCCAGCAGUAGGGCCAGGCAGGAGAAGGACUACUUUGAUCAGCACUUCGGACCCUUCUUCCGCACCGAGCAGCUUAUAAUCACCACCCCGUGGACUGAGCCCUACAUCUUUUCACCCACAUCUGGACCAGACAUCAGCUUCGCCCCUAUUCUGAACAUAUCACUACUCCAUCAGGUGUUGGAUCUCCAGACAGAAAUAUCUAAUCUGGCAGCUGAAUAUAAUGGAGAAAAUGUGACCUUGAAAGAUAUCUGUGUGUCUCCUUUGGCUCCUUACAAUGACAAUUGUACCAUCCUGAGUGUGUUAAACUAUUUCCAAAACAGCCACAAUGUUCUGGAUCAUGUAGAUAAGGAUGAGUUCCUUGUCUACUUUGACUACCACACUCAUUUUCUAUACUGCGUCAGUUCUCCCACGGCCCUGGAUGAUACAACCAAUUUACAUGACCCCUGCAUGGGUACAUAUGGAGGGCCAGUUUUCCCCUGGCUUGCUCUUGGGGGAUAUGAAGGCACUGCCUACAAUAAUGCCACAGCUCUAGUGAUCACCUUUCCUGUCAACAACUACCUGAAUGACACAGACAAAUUAGGAAAAGCCUUGGCAUGGGAAAAAGAGUUCAUCAAGUUCAUGAAGAACUACGACAACCCUAACUUAACCAUAUCAUUCAGCUCAGAGCGCAGCAUCGAGGAUGAGAUCGACCGUGAGAGCAACAGUGAUAUCAACACCAUUGUGGUCAGCUACAUCAUCAUGUUUGUGUACAUCUCACUGGCUCUGGGCCACAUUCAGAGUUGUCGGACACUGCUGGUGGACUCCAAGAUCUCUUUGGGUAUUGCUGGCAUUUUGAUUGUUUUGAGCUCUGUGGCCUGUUCACUGGGGAUCUUCAGCUACAUCGGCAUCCCCCUCACACUUAUUGUCAUUGAGGUCAUUCCCUUCCUCGUGCUGGCCGUAGGAGUUGACAACAUCUUCAUCAUCGUGCAGACCUACCAAAGAGAUGUGCGAAUGCCUGAGGAGGAACUUCAUCAGCAGAUUGGUCGUGUUCUCGGAGAUGUGGCUCCCAGCAUGUUCCUCUCUUCGUUCUCAGAGACUGUGGCUUUCUUUUUAGGUGCUCUUUCCACCAUGCCUGCAGUGAGGACAUUCUCUCUUUUCGCUGGUCUGGCCGUCUUCAUUGACUUCCUCCUGCAGAUCAGCUGCUUUGUGUCUCUGCUGGGACUAGACAUUAAGAGGCAAGAGUCAAAUCGUGUGGAUAUAUUGUGCUGUGUGAAGUUGCCAGAGGGACAGCAAGCAAAAUCUGAUGGAUGUCUGUUCUACUUCUUUAAGAAAAUAUUUGCUCCUUUUGUCUUGAUGGAUUGGGUGCGCCCCCUAGUGGUUGCUGUGUUUGUGGGUAUGCUCUCUUUUAGUAUAGCUGUUGUUAACAAAGUGGAGAUUGGACUCGAACAGACCCUGUCCAUGCCUGAUGACUCAUUUGUGCUGAAUUACUUUGGGAACCUGAGUGAGUAUCUGCACACGGGGCCACCAGUGUAUUUUGUGGUAGAAGACGGACAUGACUAUAAAACAACUGAGGGUCAGAACGCAGUAUGUGGUGGAGUGGGCUGCAACAACAACUCUCUCAUCCAGCAAAUUUAUACCGCCUCACUCUUGAGUAACUACACUAGGAUCAGUAAUGUUCCUUCGUCGUGGCUGGAUGACUACUUUGACUGGGUGAAGCCACAAUCAUCAUGCUGCAGAUAUUAUAACGCCACAGGAUCUUUCUGCAAUGCUUCAGUGGUGGAUAAGACCUGUGUUCACUGCAGACCUAUGAAUUCAAGUGGGAAACAGAGGCCCAAUGGAACAGAUUUCAUGCACUUCCUCCCCAUGUUUCUUUCAGACAACCCAAAUAUCAAGUGUGGAAAAGGUGGUCAUGCUGCAUACAGCAAUGCUGUGGCUCUCAAAGAGAACAAUACUGAUGUUGGGGCCACCUACUUCAUGAGCUAUCACACCAUCUUAAAAACCUCGUCUGACUACAUUGACGCCAUGAAGAUGGCACGAGAGCUCACUGACAACAUCACACAGGCAAUGAAGCUGCAGGACAAGAGUUACCAUGUCUUCCCUUACAGUAUAUUCUACGUCUUCUAUGAACAGUACCUUACCAUCAUCUAUGACACUGCCUUCAACCUGGGUAUGUCGCUGGUGGCCAUCUUUGUGGUGUCUGCAGUGCUUCUAGGCUUUGAGCUGUGGUCAGCAGUGCUCGUGUCCUUCACCAUCGCUAUGAUCCUUAUCAACAUGUUUGGAGUUAUGUGGCUGUGGAAUAUCAGCCUCAACGCUGUCUCUUUAGUCAACCUUGUAAUGAGUUGUGGCAUAUCAGUGGAGUUCUGCAGUCAUAUUGUGAGAGCUUUUUCUGUAAGCACCAAGAGCUCAAGAGUGGAGCGGGCAGAGGAGGCGCUGGCACACAUGGGCAGCUCUGUGUUCAGUGGCAUCACCCUCACUAAAUUUGGCGGCAUCUUGAUUCUUGCCCUCUCCAAAUCCCAGAUCUUCCAGAUUUUCUACUUCCGCAUGUAUCUUGCUAUAGUGCUUCUGGGAGCUGCUCAUGGCCUAAUUUUCCUGCCUGUGCUACUCAGUUAUGCAGGUCCAUCUGUUAAUAAAGCAAAAGUUAUGGCUGCUCACAACAGGCUUGUGGGUACAGAGAGGGAGCGACUCAUGUACUAACAGUUCUUUUGAAGCUAAAUGGCAAUUGACUUUGAGAGGAAACAACGGUUAAUUUUCACAUUCUAUGCAUUGUAACGCACUUCAACAAACUGACCUAAAUCAGGAACCCCCAAGAAUUUCUCUUCAAUAUGGACUCCUCUGUUCAUUUUUGUCCACACGGUCAUUCUUUACCCAAACCGAUCUAAACUCAAGGACUGGCUUGGAAGAUAAUUUCAACAUUAAAACCACGCAGUAAUUGACAUGGAGCAGGCUGCAGUCAUUUCUUCUAGUGUGCAAAAAAAAUGAAGUACAUACUGUUACCACAGAUUACACUGCAGCCACUGUGGUAAACCAUUCAAGCAAACAAGGGAGACAUAAGCAAGAAGAUAACUUUUUUUUUUUUUUUGUAUGGUUGAAGUCUGAAUGUGUAUGAGAAAUGUAAUUUGUAUUUAUUUAUGUGAAUCUCUUUCCUUUUUGUUGAUUUGUAAGCAUAUUUCAUAUAAUUAACAUCAAAAUAAUGAAGAAAAGUCAACUGAAAUCCCAACAAUGAGGCACUAUGGACAAUCUCUUGAUGAUUUAUUGUGAUGCUACGACAACAAUGAUGUUACACAAGCAGUUAGCAGUUUACUGCUAGCGCUACCUAAACUGUGUGGUUUUGAAGCAGUUUAACCACUUUAGUCUUAGAUAAUUAACAAAGUUGGGAAAAUGGGUUGCAACUGGGCAUGACUAAUAAACAUGAAGUAUUUUAAAUGUUUACUUCUAAAGCUGUGUUAUGGUGCAUUUAUUAGCAUUUAAAAGCUAAGAAAGGGAGAGCUAGCAUUAAUGUAGUCACCUACAUGAACAUUUUAGUAUUGUAGAUUGUUUGAACCACACAUACUUUGGCUCAGGAUUUGCCUGGUCAUCUCAAUUAUUAACAUGCACUCUAGCUUUAGACAGGCUGCUAAAUGGGUUUUGUACCUCCUAAAAAUGUGGUGAGGGUAACUCUAGGAUACCUAGUAUAUCCUAGAGUUUUUUUUAUGGGGAUGGUUGGUAUUUUGUGUUAUGUUGGGAUUGACAUGGAUUGUGGAUAUAUGAUUUUUCAGGGUAAUAUAAAAUGGGAUGGUGUUGGCAGCAUGGACCGUUAUUAAUAUAUAAAAUGGGAGCCACAAGUUGUAACUUUCCUCGAUGGAUAACAGUCUUUGAUUUGAAGAUGAUAUAUAUAUAUAUAUAUAUAUAUAUAAUGGAGAUACUAAUUUGUAAUAAA